CUGCUUGUCCCUACGCAUUUGGCCGGCGGCUUCCCCGGCACGCUCAUACGGUGCUUCCGGGCCCCCGGUCCUGCAAGGCCGUCUGGGAGUUGUAGUUCAGACUCUUGCCCGAACUCCGAAGUCCAGCUGCGGCUAGGAGGUCAGAGGCCGUCCCCCGCCUUCGGUGCUUGGCUUGGAGGAUGGAUCCGGGGUCCGGGGCCGACGCGGCCCCGUUGGCUGGUUUGGCCUGGUCGUCGGCCUUGGGGCCCCCGCCGCGGGGGUUCAGUGCGAUCUCCUGCACCGUGGAGGGGGCGCCCGCCAGCUUCGGCAAGACUUUCGGGCAGAAAUCCGGCUACUUCCUGUGUCUCAAUCCUUUGGGCAGCCUAGAGAAUCCACAGGAGAACGUGGUGGUCGAUAUCCAGGUCCUGGUGGACAAGAGCCCCCUUCCGCCGGGAUUCUUCCCGGUCUGCGACCCCCUGGACUCCAAGGCCUCCGUGUCCAAGAAGAAACGCAUGUGUGUGAAGCUGGUGCCCUUGGGGGUCGCGGACACAGCUGUCUUUGACGUCCGGCUGAGUGGGAAAACCAAGACGGUGCCUGGAUACCUGCGAGCCUCUGACUUGGGUCAUCCUGCCUCCGCCAGCAAGGGUGGCUUCCCGGAGCGGACGCUCUCGAGGCUGGGCUCUCGGGCGUCUACACUUCGGAGGAGCGACUCCCUCUACGAGGCCUCCAACCUCUACGGCAUCUCAGCCAUGGAUGGGGUUCCCUUCACGCUGCACCCCCGAUUCGAGGGCAAGAGCUGUGGUCCCCUGGCCUUCUCUGCCUUCGCUGAUCUGACCAUCAAGUCACUGGCGGACAUUGAGGAGGAGUACAACUACGGCUUCGUGGUGGAGAAGACGGCAGCUGCCCGCCUGCCCCCUAGCGUCUCUUAGCCCCUCACCGGCCCCAGGGAAGAGUCCCCUGCCUGACAGCCCCGGACCGGCAGCUGCCCACCGCAUUGAAUCUUGGGAGCCUUGGCGGCGCAAGGCAUUAUGGACCCUCCGCCACCCAGCGGAGCAGCAGCCCUGGAGGAGGGGCUGGGAGCGGUCUGCUUGGUGAUGGGUCUCCUGCCCCCCGGGCCGUGAUGGGCAAGGCAAGGGGUAGGGGCUGGACGGAAACCAGUGCCUUCAAGUCAUUUGUGUCAAAACUCGCUGGUGCCUGGAGGCCACGCGGGCGUCCUCCCUCCAGGAAAUAAAACACCACGCUGUCCGGGCCGUCUGUAGUCUCCAUUCUGACUGUGGGUCUCUGUGGCUCGCAGGAGCCAGGGACGGACGCACACCCAGCAAGCGGGUGAAAUCCUGGAGGGCAGGGGGCGCUGCCACCACUCCCAUUCUACAGAGGGAGAAACUGAGGCUCAGCGAGUGCCUGAGCCGGGAUUCCGAAUCACAGAGGAGACCGGGUCCCGCCCCUCCAUCAUUGCGCAUAACAGUAAUAAUAGUAACAGCUACCGUUUAUACUUCGAGGACCUUCUCACCAACACCUGAUGUACAGUAUCUCAUUUAGUCCUCCCCCAGCUCAGUGGGAAGCCCUGGUUGCGUGGCCAUUUCACAGAGAGGAAAACCGAAGCAGGAGGCGGCUAAAUUCACAGCUGGGAUUCCAACCCAGAGCCUGCUCUCUUAACCACCAAGCUGUUCUGUUCUGUGCGUCCCUUUUCCUCCGCUGUGUGGUAGACACAAACGGUGGAUACUCAUGAAUUGCGGUAGUUACCUCUUGUAAAGUAGCGUGAAAACUGAAUUAGGAAAUACUGUAUUCCUCGCGGAGACACAGGUAGGUUUUUGUAAGUCACUAGUCACAUUUUGGUCAAGUAAUCAAUACAUAACCUUGUUUUCUGUG